GAAAUCCGUGAAAAACGAAGGCGAAUUUAUCGUGUCCGACGUUACUCGAGUGUGUUCCCGGUUUCGUCAGCCCGAGCACGCCGCGCCGCGAAGCCUAUGGGAGGUAUAAAAAGCGGGGACAAGGUCACCUUAGCAGACAGAAGUUUCCGAGCUGUCAGACAAGUCGGACGCGUACGGACCCGUUGAAGAAUGGCAUCUUUGAAAAAUAAAUUGUUAAACACGGUGAAGGAGCCGAUUUCCACGGGCAGGAACAAAGUCACCGUGGUCGGCGUAGGCCAAGUCGGCAUGGCUUGCGCGUUCAGCAUCCUAACAAACGGUGUUUCGAGCGACCUGGUGCUCGUGGACGUAAUGGCGGACAAGCUAAAAGGAGAGAUGAUGGACCUGCAGCACGGCAGUGCGUUCUUGAAGAACGCAAAGAUCAACGCCAGCACCGACUACGCAGCCACGGCGAACUCUAGUUUAUGCGUGGUGACUGCCGGUGCUCGUCAGAGGGAAGGCGAGACGAGGCUGGAUCUGGUUCAACGGAACACGGAUAUCUUCAAAGGCAUCAUUCCGGAGCUGGUCAAAUAUAGCCCAGACGCGAUCCUCUUGGUCGUCUCGAACCCGGUAGACAUUUUGACCUACGUGGCAUGGAAGCUCUCAGGCCUGCCGAAGAACCGAGUGAUCGGAAGCGGCACCAAUCUGGAUUCGGCCCGAUUCCGUUUCCUCUUGUCGCAGAAGUUGAACGUCGCACCCACGUCCUGUCACGGUUGGAUUAUCGGCGAGCACGGCGACACGAGUGUGCCGGUAUGGUCGGGAGUGAACGUUGCUGGCGUGAGGUUGAGGGACCUGAACGAGAACGUUGGUACCGACAAGGACAUGGAGAACUGGGGCGAGCUGCACAAACAGGUGAUCGAUAGCGCGUACGAGGUGAUCAAGCUAAAGGGCUACACGUCCUGGGCCAUCGGUUUGAGCGUGUCCAAUCUAGCAUCCGCCAUAUUGCGAGACUCGAACCAAGUUCACGCUGUAUCUACCAUGGUUACCGGUUACCACGGAAUCGAUAAGGACGUGUUUCUGUCCCUGCCCUGCACCCUGUGCGAGGAAGGUGUCUCCUGCGUUGUCCAACAGAAGCUAACAUCCGACGAGACGAGCCAGCUGCAAAAUUCGGCCGACAUGAUGCACGCCGUGCAAAAGGACUUGAAGUUCUAACCCAUCCCACCUGUCUCGCGUGUUGGGAUAACACUUUCUCUUAGAUAAAUGAAAUCGUUCAUGUUGUAAUUCAGUUUCGCGCCUGUUCGUGCACACCAAGUAUUGCUUUUGACAAGCACCAUUUCGUCUCUAUUUACGAUUCGUUAGGUUUACGUGGCCGAUACUUAAAGGUGCUACCGCAAAUAUUUAAAUGUUAUUUAUAUAAGUUAUCGUUGGUUCAAUAGUUAGCGGAAUUUUUAUAUAAGAAAAAAGAAAGAGAAGCGUGUGUUCGCAUGACCACAAAGUAUUACCGUUGUACGUUGUCAAUGUGUCACAUAUUUGCGACAAGUUGCAUUCAGUUGACUCGAUACCAUGAUACGAUAAUUAUAUUAUAUACGUGAUCAAGAUUCGACGCAAGACAA